AUGGGUAUCUUCAAGCGCAAGGACUCCAAGAACUCGAUCCCAGCGGAGAAAGAGGACCGCGAAUCUUUUGUUUCGGUCAACAGCGCUCGCACCUCAAAUGCAUCAUUGAAAUCGCCGGGCUACAAAAGCGGCGCGCUGCCCUCUUCCAUUCCAGAGCUCGCAAUCGCAAGUCCCCCCGACCCGGCCCUGGAUCCGGCAGCAUACCUACGCAGCAUCCAUGCAGUCCGACACCGAUCCCAUAUUGUCCUGAGAAAGGCUAAGCGAAAUCAACUUAAUCAUUUCGAUGUCGAUAUGACCAAGUUUGCCGAAACAGCAUCCUACGUGGUGUCUAUCAUCAAGAGAGACUACGCUCCGGACUACUCGUCGAUUCCUCCACAUGGUCGCUGGCAACAUUUUGAUGUGGGCGGGAGACCCCGUGUCAAUCAGCUGCUGCAGUCAUGGCCGAGUACAGUCGAUGCACAAGAGCGGACUCGGCGAUUGAUCGACCUCUUUGUGGUAUCAGUUCUGUUGGAUGCUGGAGCGGGUACAAGUUGGUCGUACAAGUCCAAGGAAUCGGGUAAGGUCUACUCGCGAAGUGAGGGUUUAGCGGUGGCCACGUUGGAAAUGUUUAAGAGCGGACUUUUCAGCAGCGACUCUACAGAACCUUGCCAGGUGGACGGUGCUGGGUUGAAGAAAAUUACAGUGCAAGUUCUUGCCAAGGGAUUCCAGCACUCGGAUAGCAAUCAACUGGCUGGUAUUGAAGGUCGCGCUGGACUUUUGAUGAGGCUCUCGGAUGCGCUGAACAACCAAGAGUUCUUCGGUGUGGACGCAAGACCAGGGAACAUGCUUGACUACCUCCUUUCGCACCCUUCAACAUUAGCCUCAUCGGUCCCGAUCGUCCCAAUCACGACAUUAUGGACGGUCCUCAUAGACGGAUUCGCCUCGAUCUGGCCUCCUUCAAGAACCAGAGUGGACGGUUUGUCUAUCGGAGAUGCCUGGCCAUGUUCCGACCUUCCUCGAUCUCCUCCGGCUCAACCUUGGGAAAGCAUCGUCCCCUUCCACAAGCUCACGCAGUGGCUCUGCUACUCAAUCAUGGUCCCUAUGUCGAAGCUCAUGAAGAUUCACGUCGCGGGCAGCGAAUUGCUCACUGGACUGCCAGAAUACCGCAAUGGAGGGCUUCUGAUCGACUUGGGGCUACUGACCCUCAAGCAAGCUGACCUCGAGCGCGGCAUUGCCGCAUACAAGGAGAACGCUCAGAUCAAAGGCCAACCGAGCGUGGAGGUUGUGCCACUUUUCUCCGCGGAUGAUGAUGUGGUAGUUGAAUGGCGGGCAGUCACUGUUGGCUUCUUGGACGACCUUCUGGAAGAGGUCAAUGGGCAGCUCGGACUCCUUGGAGAGGACCAACUGACACUAGCCCAGAUGCUCGAGGCAGGCACAUGGAAGGGUGGUCGUGAAAUUGCCGAGGUUUCGAGGCCAAACACAAAAGAACCGCCCAUUAUGAUCCGCUCCGACGGCACAGUUUUCUAA